GAUCGAGAUUGAAACUUUAUUCCCCCAGAAAUUCACUUUGCUAUUAUAAGAUACACUACUGAGCCGAGGAAAUUCCCAGUCGUUGAAACGAUGGAUGUGGUUGUUUGACAAAUCCUGAAUUCGGCUUGACUCUUGGUUUCGGCAAUGAAAUGAUUGAUGUCCUUUGGCUGUCCAUUACCCAGGUUUGCGCAUGCGUAUGCUGAACGGGGAUCUCGAUUUAGUGAGUCAUGGGCAAAGGAGACAAGCGGGGUGUCGUACAGAAGCCUGAAGCUGGAACAAAUCUUGUGGGAAAGUUUACGCAGAGUGUACGACGCAUAGUACAAGAUGUCAAAGAUGAGGGCACUGCUAGUGGUCUCACGAAGGAGGAGGUGAUAUCUAUGAAUGAGAGACUUCGGGCCGUGAGAAUCAGACUCGAAGAAUCGUAUGAUACAGCUAAGAGAGCACUAGUAACUCUCAUGGACAAAUAUGCCCAAAGCAAAUCUGUUAGAAAUGUAUUUCAAAGAUACACACAACUUAAAGCUAUGAUCAAGGAGGUGGUGCGUCUUGAAACGCAGUAUUGGACCCUAGUUGACAUCCCAAGACAAGAAAAACAAGAAACGGUCCCAGCAUUUGUUCUACGUGCCUGUACAAUAAUGGAGAAGACGCAGAAGUCGGGAGAAGGCGUUAAAACCGCGUCGAAGUUGGCAGAAGAGGAGGAAAAACGGAAAGAACGUUUAGAGAGAUUGAGUGAUAUGACCACUGCCCAGAUAGAGUCUGAGAAUACACAAAUGACUAAUGAUCUCUAUCGUUUAUUAAAAAAAUAUACAGGACUACGGAAUUUAAUUCGAGAGUUGAAAACGGAGUACAUGAAUUCAAAAUACUAUCCAAUAUUCCCAAGAUACACUAUAUUGAAAGACUUGAUAAAAGACAUAAUGCAUAAUCCAGACUAUAUGGAAGUAUGCCAUGAAGUUGAGCUAGUCUAGUUACCAGAAAAAAUGUUUGAUUGCUGAUUAUCCAAAAGUAGGAUUUUUGUAACUAAAACUUCAAGGAUGUAAUCUAUACAGCUCAUCUGGAAAAAAAUAUUGUACUGAGCUGCUUAUUUUGAAACAGUGUUAUGACCAGAGGCUGAUAUGUUGUCUACAGUGUGUCCAACUCAUAUAGAAUUUAUCGGAUAUGAAAUGUUGAGAAUCCCAAGAUGAAUUUGAGGUAAAGACGUAGUCUACAUAUGGAAGGCCUAUCACUUUAUUAUUAUUAUUCACAAUAAUCUUAUAAUGAAAUUCUCAUCAAACUAAUAAAGUGUUCUAUGAUUAUUGAAUUUGAGUGAAAUGAAGCGAGAGUUGAGUCAAUAUACGAGGAGAGAUAUUGAAGAAUUAGUCUACUGUUGCAUAGAAUAAACAGAUGGUCGGUGGAUGGAACAAUAAUUCAUCAAAUUAAUAAUAAACCAUUAACUUGUUCUUUUACAAUUUUCAUACUUUGUCAAUUGAUUUUCAUAAAAAACGCCAUCUGUUUUUUCUAUGAUUUUAUUGAAUAAUAAGCCUUUGUAAUCAGUAUCGUUGUAAAUCAAUCCGAAAAUGAUUAUUCAAACAAAAUUAUGUUGAUAACAUGACACUAUUCAGGCCUAUGUAUACUGGCUCAUUUUCAUUUCAAUUUGCAUAAAGUUUCCGAUUUUUGGAUAUGAUAUUAGGUAGGUAUCUGAAUGCAACUGGAAAUUUUUAUAUUUAAAACUCUACUAGAGUCAGCAUAUAAGUGCAGUUGACAGAAGUGGAGUCAUUGAUCAUUUUGACAAAAUAAUAUUCACAGAAAUCAACAAUGAUGAAUAGACAGUUUACUAUGGAUUUAUUACCUGUUUUUCUCUCGAUAAUUGUAGGUAAGAAUGAAAUCAAUCAAUAAAUAUAUCGACUUGGAAAUAUUGAUUAAAAUCCCUGUGAAUCGUAGAUUCCAUGUGGAACGCUGCCGUGAAUGGAUUUUGUUCGAAAGUUACGGGUAAAACUACUUCCAUAGCUGACAAGUCAUUAGUCAUGUCACAUGGAUACCGGUAUGUAACAGCAGAGUGAAAUUAUUGGUGGGUUGAUAUCGAUAUCAUGAUGUAAUAGCUCACAUCUCAUCAAAAUCUCACAUUAAGUUACCCACUUGUACAUAAUAUCAUCGAUCCGCAUUUAAAUAAAGGGUAGACUGAUUUCCACAAAUGAAUACUAUCUAUUAUUAUCACUAUAUAUUAUACAUUUUUGUUUCCAUUGAAUAUCUGGAGCUGAUUGUUAAUGCUACUUUUGUUGUUUUUAACGGUUGAUUUAUUGAACUCAGUAUGUAAUCUUAAUAGAAGUCAGAAGUUGAUUGAAUAGAUACUGUAUAACAGUAUAUUGAGUCACAAAUGUCAUGAAUAAGAACGCCAUCAUAUUUUCAAAGAUAGAGACAUUCACCUAUCGCAUAUCAAGAGAAAUAAAUUAUUCUCUCUCUCCAUUUUCUCAUGAAAUUUCAUCUUGGUAGUUUUCAUCAACGAGUAAACAAUGCUGUUCAACAGGAGCUCCAACUCAAACCCAGUUUUCCUGAUAAUUCUGUAAAAAAAUCAAAAUGGAAAAUUUCAUGUUUUAUACUAUAUUGAUAAGUUAUUCUUCGAAAAAUAUAUAAUCAUUCACAACUUCAAGUUUAUAGAGUGUAAGCAGAUUGCUAUGAAUUUGAAUCCCAUUUUCCUGAGAAUGUUUGGAGAAUCAACUUUGAAAUUCAUUUGUAAAUGUUUCACAUUCAAGAAUAAUUAUUGUAUAGUUAAGUAGGUUGGUUUGAAUUUCAGCCUCUAUCUACUUUAUAAUGCAAUUCAAUAUUGCUUGAUGGGUGCCUUUUUAAAUUGUAAUGUUUUCACAUUUUCAUUGCAAAACUGUAUUUUUUAUAAUUUUGCAAAUGAAAAGUAUCACUUAGCCUACUUUAAAAUAUGCAUUUUUGAUGCAUGUCUGUUUUUAAAAAUAUGAGAGAUUUAAAUGUUGUUAAAUAUGAGACCCUUGAUAUAAUAAUUCUUGUAAUAUAAUAAUAUUUAUUCAGUUAAAGUAUUAGAGCCUAUAUGCUUAGUGAUAUGAUAUGACCAGGAUUUUACUAUUGUUAGCGAAUCUGCUGACUAAUAUUCUUGGCAAAUUAUGAAAUUUAAAUCAUAAUGCAUAUUUUCUUAUCAUUGAACAUUUAAAGCAAUCAAUCUUCGUUUGUGAAUUUGCAACAAUUAAAUCAUUUCGUGAGGUUGAUGAUGAGUUAAUGUCAUUUAUAAUAUUAUAGCCCAGGCAAUGAAUGCUCAAAAAAGGGUAUAGAGGGAAAUUUUGAGAAAACAAUUUUUGACCCCGCAGUUCUGUUUAGAGUACUAGGGAGGUAGACAUAUCAAAAGUCCUCACCCCUAACCACUGUGGUAAGGGGGUUGGGGUUGUUUUAAGGUACAAUUUUUUGAUUUCUCGCAUAAAUCUCAAAAACUAUGUAUCCUAUGGACUUGACUAUCAUAUAACAAAUUGAAGCUUACAUAUCUCUUACAAUAUUCAUUUCACAACUUUUUUCAUAUCUCCUCUAGUUCUCGAGAUUAUCCGCUCUUGAAGGAGUGACAUUUUUGAAAAAUACACGUUUGCCGCCAAUUAUUUUCUUUUUUUGCUCUUAUAACUUCAAAAAAAUCGACGGGAAAAAUCCUUGUUGAUUAUGAGCUUAUGAAGAAUUAAAUUCUCUUCAAUUUGAUGUAUAAUUCCACACUUUUACGAAUUUCUCUGCACUUUUUGCAACAGCUUUAGUGUUGGGUGUGAAAUCUUCAAUUUUGAAACAAUAGACCAAUUGACAAAGGAAUUUGGAGGAAAUUUUUUAAACAAAAUUUUUAACUUUGUAGCUUCGUUGAGACUAGUAAGGAGGAGAACAUAUGAGAAGUCCCCUUUCCUAAGUCAUGUGCUAAGGGGAUGAGGGUCGUUUAAAAGUUGAAUUUUUCAGCGUUUUGCU